AUGUCAUUCGAGCUGAAGGAUAAGGGCAAUCGGCUCUUCAAGGAGGGUGACUAUAGCGGGGCGGAAGACUUGUACUCCCAGGCGAUCCAGAAAAAUCCCCGCGAACCCACCUUUUUCACGAAUCGCGCGCUCACUCGCAUCCGUCUCGAGAAAUGGGCCGACGUGGAGCACGACGCGCGCGCCGCUAUCGAACUCUACGGCGGUCACAAGAACCCCGCCAGUCUCAAGAGUAGCUGGUACCUGGCGCAGGCGCUAGUGGGACUCCAGCGCCCGCAGGAGGCCUACGAUGUGGCGAUUGACGGCUACCGCGCCAGUCUCGCGGCGCAGAAUGCGCAGACGGAGAAUUUGUCCAAGAUCGUGUUGCGCGCGAAGCAGCAGAUCUGGGCUGCGAAGGAGACGUCGCGCCUGCGCGAACUCAACGCGACGCUCGGCAGCGUGGAGCAGCUUAUCGAGGCGGACUUGAACCGCGGUCUCUGCGAGCUGCAGGAGAAGCUGAAUCGCGGAGAGAUCGGGGAGAUUGGGUGUGGGGAGGACCAAAAGGCUCUCCGGGAGGAUGCCGAGAAUAACAUAAACAAUGUGCGCGAGGCGUUCCGGAUUGCGUCCAAGGGGGAGGUUCAAGAACGGAUUGUUCCAGACUACCUCGUCGACGGCAUCACCUUCGAAAUCAUGCACGACCCAGUCAUCACCCCAUCAGGGACCAGCUUCGACCGCGUCGGAAUCACGAAAUACGUGCAGCAGUCGGGAGUCGACCCCAUAACCCGGGUACCGAUGACAGUCAACGAUCUCCGAUCGAACUACGCGCUCAAGGCGGCGUGCGAAGAGUUCUUGACCAAGAACGGAUGGGCUGUGGAUUGGUAGUUCAAUAGCUUUGGACAUUUCCUGCCAUUUCCCUUGUGCUUCAUAUUUUAGUUUUCUUUUAUUUGUGGCAGCGAGAUACUGUUUGUCUGCAUAGGUGGCGUUGGUUAACCAUUUGGGGGCAUGAUGUAUAUAGAUAGUGAUGACCCGGUCUUGGGACCGCAGGAUCGAUCGCUGGACUGGACAUAAUAUAUUGCGAUAAUUAGACACAUAUACACAAUGAACGAAUCAGUAACACCCCGUGUUACAAAUGAUC